ACGAGGCGGAAGAUAUCAGCCGAAUCUUCCGUACUAGUCUACUGCAUGGAUGUAUUAAGAGAACGGUCUCCUGAAGCUGCUUAUGUUGUGCAGCAACCAGCGACAGUUUUGAACGAUAGGUGGAGACUUAAGUGUUUGUUUUCAUAGUAAACCGGUGAACGGAAGCCGCUACUUGUUCGUCUUUGAAAACACUGUCGUUUGUGCUUGUCCGGUGGAGGAUUAAGUGUGUUUAGCUACAUGUUGUGCAGUUUACAGUGUUUGCGUGAAUACAUCCAACUGGCGAAUCGCAUCAAUUCGCCCGGAGGGUCAUCGUCAGCGACGACACCCUCUGCUCCGUCAGCGUCAACUGUUUAGAAAAUGACCGGAGAGAAGAUCCGCUCCCUGCGCAAGGAUCACAGGCCGAGCAAGGACGAGGAUUUACUAGAGCCGGACGAGGAGGCUGCAACCGGGACGUUCACCGCCUCCAAGACGAACAACAAGAGCAGAGCGAGUAAAAUCUUCAGCAAUCACAAGUUAAUCAAGUCUUCAUCCACACAGCAGCAGCAGCAGCAGCAUAACCAGCAGUCGCAGGUUAAUGCUAACACCAACACACUGUCAACAUCGGAUGUCAUCGAUGACAACAACAAAAACCCCAUCAUCCGAACCGGGCAGGACUUUCCGGUGCAUGAAUGUGUGUUUAAAGGAGAUGUCCGACGCCUGUCUUCACUCAUACGGACGCAGAAUAUCGCCCAGAAAGACGUCCAUGGAAACACACCAUUGCAUCUCGCCGUCAUGAUGGGGCACAAAGAGUGUGCCCACCUGUUGCUGGCCCACAAUGCACCGGUGAAGGUGAAGAACGCUCAGGGAUGGAGCCCCCUUGCUGAGGCCAUUAGCUACGGAGACCGACAAAUGAUCACAGCUCUGCUGAGGAAGCUGAAGCAACAGUCCAGGGAGACUGUGGAGGACAAGAGGCCCAAGCUGCUGAAAGCCCUGAAAGAACUUGGAGACUUUUACUUGGAGCUUCACUGGGACUUCCAAAGUUGGGUGCCUUUGCUCUCCAGAAUCCUGCCUUCAGAUGCCUGUAAGAUCUACAAGCAGGGCCUCAACAUCAGAUUGGACACUACCCUGAUAGACUUCACAGACAUGAAGUGUCAGCGCGGGGACCUCAGUUUCAUCUUCAACGGCAAUGCCAUCCCCUCCGAGUCUUUUGUUGUGCUGGACAACGAACAGAAAGUCUACCAGCGGAUACACCAUGAGGAAUCAGAGAUGGAGACAGAGGAGGAAGUGGACAUUCUGAUGAGCAGUGAUGUGUACUCCGCCACGCUAUCCACCAAGUCCAUCACCUUUUCCAGGGCGCAGACCGGCUGGCUGUUCAGAGAGGACAAGACGGAGCGCGUGGGAAACUUUCUGGCAGAUUUCUACUCUGUGAACGGCCUGGUGCUCGAGUCCAGGAAGAGACGGGAGCAUCUGAGCGAGGAGGAUAUCUUGAGGAACAAAGCCAUCAUGGAGAGCCUGAGCAAAGGAGGAAAUCUCAUAGAGCAGAACUUUGAGCCGGCGAGGAGGCAAUCUCUAACUGCCCCUUCACCCAACACUAUAUCCUGGGUAGAAUACAUCACUGCUGACAAUGGAAAAGCUCCUCAUCUCGGAAGAGAGCUGGUCUGCAAAGAGAGCAAGAAAAACUUCAAAGCCACAAUAGCCAUGAGUCAAGACUUCCCUCUGGGCAUCGAAUCGUUAUUGAAUGUUCUGGAAGUGAUUGCACCCUUCAAGCACUUUAAUAAACUCCGGGAGUUUGUUCAGAUGAAGCUCCCCCCUGGCUUUCCUGUCAAACUGGACAUCCCUGUCUUCCCUACGAUCACAGCCACCGUGACAUUUCAGGAGUUUCGAUAUGAUGAGUUUGAUCAAUCUAUUUUUACCAUUCCCAACGACUAUAAAGAAGACCCAAGCCGCUUCCCUGACCUUUAACCUCUCGAGCUGGAACAGGAAACAAACGUGCAGCAAGACAACAUUAUGCUACAAAACAUACAUUUCGAAUUACAAAAGAAAAAAUGGAGGGGAAAAAACGGCAGUAAUUGUUUCUUGACAGUUUAUGGAUUUCCAUCGCCCAUCCCAACCCUGAACACAAACCGCACGACGACCCAAAUUGACAUACAGGACUAAAAUGGCGUCAUCAGAGCUGAAGGAGGCCAACUGUAACAGAGAGGUCGACAUCUCUUCAUAAUAACAAAGUGUUUGGAAGCUCUUAGAUUGGGUUAAAUCCAGCAGCCAAGGCCGAAAGUGCAACUAGCUUGGAGCUGAGAGUCUGAACCUCUCAUCAGUGAGAGGGCAUUGAAGUUAAAAUGAGUGACAGCGGAGUCGGUGAGUUUUCUGUAUAUGGGCUAUGAGUAGAAGAUAAACAACCAGUUCAGUCGAUACUAUGUAUUUAAGUAUGUAAGUAAUGUUUAUAAAGGGAAUGUGUUUAACUUACCUGUAGUAAAGCACUGAUAUUACUGUGGGAGAAAUUCCACAAAAAAUUAAUUUUUUGGUGUCACUUAAAAUUCGCAAUACUAAAAACCAGUUUUGGAAAAUGCAGUUCUGGAAGUUGCGUCUUGUUUAGGUCAGUUUUUGUAGAAUUCCUUAAAGUGCGCGUGUGUGUGUAAAAUUGAUUUUUAUGGGCAUGGAGUAGCAUCACUGAGCGUUCACGCACUAUUUAGAUCCACUACAGCCACUUGACAUUCAGUUCAGAGUUUAUAAACACUCAUUUUGUGAUACUCAACUCUUAAUCCUGCAUUUGAAAAUGUAUAGUUUCAUCGAGGCAAAGCUAGAAAUGCUGGUGUUUUUACGGUACCACAAAGUUUUCUCUUAGUUGUUUGGAGUGGCAGCACGUGUAAGUAAUGAUGUCUUUUGUUUCAUACUACACCUUUGUAAACGAUGUAACAAACUGUACAAUCGUGCUGAAAGAAGAAAUCUGGGGAUUGUAUAGGAAGUAGAUAUUAGGGAAUGAAUGACUGACUACAACAGUCAUGCCAUUUUUACACUAUAACAAGAACCAGGCUUUCCCCCUGCACAGAAUGUAUAUACAUGUUUUAUGAGCUUUUGUCUUUUAUGUUCUCUUUUCUUAUUAUUUGUGCUGAUGAGUUUAAGAUGCCCUCUGCAAGAGGAAGAGUUGUGGAUUUUUUUUAAUGUAUCAUCACAAGUUAAUUGAGAGUUUGUUGAUUUGUAACACGGUGGAAGUUGCUAUUUUUGUACAUACUUGUAAUGUUUUAAAGGAAAAAUGAAUCUAAUAAUUCUUCUGUCAUUAUUUCCCGACUAUAUCUGAUAAACCUUUUGAACCUCCUCCAGAUGUGUUAAACCAACAAUCACCUCUACAGGGUGAAAAGCACAAAGCACCAAGCUUCCUCCUGAAAUUAAGUCCAGGUGUUGACUGGAGGCUGGAAAUGAUAAACUCUUAGGUGUUGUGCUCAUGUUUGUUCGUUAACUUGCCUGGCUGCUACUGGACUUUAAAAUCAAAGUGUACUACACAGAUUUGGUGGCUCAAAGUGUUGUUAAAUCAAUUAGUUUUUUUUUACAUCUAUAUUCAGUAUCAGUAUAACCAAAUACAGUACAUUUAAUUUUUCAAAUUACAUUCCUCCUUACGGCAAGUGCAGCUAACGUUAUUGGAAGUGUGCCUCCUCACUGUCAACUCUCCAUUUUAUUUCAUGCUCCUUCCUGUUUUCAGCUGCUUCAAUUUUCUAUGUUUUCAGUAGGGAAUUCAUCUACAUGUCCGUUGUACAGCAAAAACUGUUGUAUAAGUCUGCGACACUAUUUUCAUAUAAAAUGUAUUAAAAUAAAAAUUCCACAUA